AUGACAACUGCAGACUUUGCAACAUCGGCUCCGAAAGUAACGAAGCUGGACCCUGAAAUGCAGGCCAAUUUUUCCUUCCCUGUCUUCGUGCACGUUCUCCAACAGUUCUUUCUCGUCUACGACCCCCAUCUCUCCCUACACACAUCUUUCGCAUACACAAGCAUGUCGGGACGUCAAGGAGGAAAAGCCAAGCCGCUCAAGGCGCCCAAGAAGCAGAACAAGGAGCUCGACGAAGACGAUCUCGCCUUCCAGAAGAAGCAAAAGGAAGACGAGGCCGCCAGGAAGGCUGCCAUCGCCAAAAUGGGUGGUGGAAAGAAGAAGUAG